UUGUAGAUGUGUGUGUGUUGAUUUUCGUUCUCCUGGUGUCUCUGUGAAUCUGCAGUGGGGAGUUUGGCAGCCUUUUGCUUUCAUUUCAAAGCUAACAGUCAGACUAAAGAGAUGGCUCUGCUGAUGGAGCACCAAUUUAGACAGCUGCCAGCUGACAGGCAGGUGGAAACAAGGCCGUUUCUGGAGGCCGUGUCCUACCUUCCCCCUUUCUUUGACUGCCUCGGCUCUGCUAUUUUUGCACCAAUAAAAGCUGAUAUGUCCGGUAACAUCACAAAAAUUAAGGCCGUUUAUGAUACCAACCCUGGACGCUACAAGACAAUUCAGAUGAUUUUAGAGGCAGAGAAGGAAAUGCAUGGAAGUGAAUGGCCCAAAGUUGGAGCAACGUUAGCACUCAUGUGGCUCAAAAGGGGCCUCAGAUUUAUCCAAGUGUUUCUACAGAGCCUGGUGAAUGGAGAAAAGGACGACAGCAACCCCAACCUCAUCCGAGUAAAUAUCACCAAAGCUUAUGAAAUGGCCCUCAGAAAGUAUCAUGGUUGGUUUGUUCAGCAGCUCUUCAAGGCAGCUCUGUAUGCUGCUCCCUACAAGUCAGAUUUCCUGAAGGCGCUCUCCAAAGGUCGGGACGUCAAGGAGGAAGAAUGCUUGGAGAAAAUCAGGAAAUUCCUCAUCAACUUCUCUGCUACUGUGGAUGCUGUUUAUGACAUAUUUAAUAGAAUGAAUGCUGAUCUUGAUUACAAGGUGUGACGACGGGACUCUUCAUCGGACAGCUGCAUGGUGGCUUUUAAGUUAUCUGAUUGUCGCAGAGGGAAUACAUUUUUUUUUUUAUUAUGUUUAAUUUAAAAAUAUUUUAAUCUCCGCUGUUUGGUUUUCCUGUCCCCUAUUUAUUUGAUACUUUGAUAAAAGCAUCCAUGCCCUAUACAAUGGAAGACUUCAAACCCUCUUAUAGUAUUUUAUGGUUAUAAAUAAUCCUCACAAAAGUGCAAAUCAAUGAAACCAUCAUCCUAAUGUUCUGUGCAGUGUUUGGUUUUUGUCAUGUUCCGUCUUCGGGUGGAUUUCAUAGAGCUCUUUUUAAGGAAUGUCACUCAAUUGUUAAU